GCGAGCUCCCAUCUGUGUCACCCACGAGAGACAACUGAGCUGGCGCUGACCAUUCACUGGAAGAGCCGAUUCCCCACGGGAUUCAGCAUAUCCUUCUCGCCAAAUGGGCGCCUUGCACGCCACUCUCAUCAACGUCACCUACGCCAGCCUUACUCAAUCAAGUAUAACGACCGUCCUAUCCGGUUCGACUCGGUCGAAGAAGCAGAUCCCAUGGCUGAGGGCCAGCAGGCAUCAUACCUUCUCGGCUUUUUUCUGGUUCGUAUUCCCUCGAGCAAAUGUCUCGAAGGCGUCGAUCAGCGUCGGUCCUAUGGCCCUGUUCGUUGCUGCUGAGACUCCAAGGCUAUACUCUACCGCUCGAGCGUCCGAUCGGAUUGAGUGGAUGGGCGUGAUAGGGUGAAUUCCCCGGCCAAACCUGGCGUCUCCUGCAGGAUUUCCAAUUAUGGGCCGGCACUUAGAGUUGGUGCUCGCGUUGACCUCGAAAGACAGUCUUCUCUGUGAGCGUAAAAAAAAGACCCAGACUAACAUUUCCAGGCAGCAAUUGAUCCUGAUCCCGUCGAGUCACACAAACAAGCCAGAUUUGAUAGCAACCCGACCAACGAAGACAGCUAUGAGGAAUAAGGAAUAACAGCACCAACUUGGGUUUCCGGUACAAAUGCCGAAUUACCUUGACAGGGUAUUAGCCGCAGCAUCGUCAGAUAUGAGAAGAACGAUUCGGAUCAAAGAGGUUUGCCAGGAAAUGCCAGGAGUAGGGACACGGCCAGGACAGAGCUGUAAAAAAGGGGUUUGUCUACAUGCCUUGGCUCCAGAUGCGCGACAUCCAAGAAUGAGCAAUAGUGACCUGAUUCCUUUGAAUUGUUUCUAGAGAUCAGUAGCAUGGACGCAAG